AUGGUGCGAGAACAAGCGCCUCCAAAGGUGCCCCUACGGCCUAUCACGGCAAACGAAGAAGCCGUAAGACCAUCCUCCCAGGCUGGGAAGCCCCAGAGCACCCCGACAAAGCCUUACGCCUCCGCCGCAUCAUCCCUACCUUUCGACGAAGAUUGGUUCGAGGACGGGAGGUCACCUGCACACAGCCAGAGCCAAAACGACGCUCUACUGGAUAGAUUUAAUGCCCUGAGUCUCGGCGGCUCACAGUCCAAAUCCCAGGAUGGACUGGCAACCGCCGACUCCUCCAUCGUCGAGAUCCUCCCGCCCCCGAGCCGCGGUAACCUCCUCUCCUCAUCGGGGGCCAGCUCCAGCCAGAGUUCCAUGGGGUCCUUCCGUCCGGCGUCUUCCCAGAGCCUCUUUGGUUCGUCAUCGUCGUCACAGAACGGCAAGGCCAAGUCGAACGCUUUCCGCCGCCCAAUGUCGUCGGCGCAGCAGAAGGCGUACAAUAGCGUCUUUAUCAAACAGACUAGGCGCCCUGAGCAUCACCGAGACAACCAGUACCGCGUCGCUGCACCGACGGCAGCCCCGCUUGCUGAUAUCCCGGCACCGGCGCCCAAGACGUUUAGUUCGAUCGACGACUUUUUGGUGGCGCAACCGUUUCGGCAGCAUGAGCCCGAGACGGAGUUCUAUACGGACCCGAAGAAGGCGGCUUCGGAUUUGAAGGCCUUGCUAGAGGGCGGCAUGGAAGAGGAUGCUGAGGGGGAUAAAGACGGUAUAGAUGGCGAAGAGAAGAAGCGGAAAGAUGGAACACUUGAGGGGCUUAAUGUUAAGCUGUUGCCUCACCAGGUUGAGGGGGUUGAGUGGAUGAAGGGUCGCGAACUUGGCCCUGUUAAGCGGGGCAAGGUGCCCCGGGGAGGCAUCCUUGCCGAUGAUAUGGGUCUGGGAAAGACUCUACAGAGUAUCUCGCUUAUCCUGAGCAACCAGAGGCCCGACAAGGAAGACAAGGCCUGGAAGAAGUCGUAUGCUGGUGUCGAGAAGACUACGCUCGUCGUGGCUCCUCUUGCCCUCAUCCGCCAGUGGGAAGCGGAGAUCAAGGAGAAGGUGGCUAAGACCCACAAACUCAAGGUUUACGUCCACCACGGCCCACAAAGGACAAAGUCAUUCAAGGAACUCGCCCUCUACGAUGUUGUUGUCACCACUUAUCAGACGCUUGUUUCGGAGCACGGACACUCGGCCAGCGCUCCAGACGGACCCAAAGCCGGCUGCUUUGGUCUCCACUGGUGGCGCGUGAUUCUCGACGAGGCGCACUCGAUUAAGAACAGGAAUGCCAAGGCGACCAAGGCAUGCUGUGCCCUGCGAACCAUUUUCCGGUGGUGUUUGACUGGUACGCCUAUGCAGAAUAACCUCGACGAGCUGCAGUCUCUCGUCCAUUUCCUUCGCAUCCAGCCCUACGAUGACCUGAGGGAGUGGAGGGAACACAUCGACAAGCCUAUGAAGAACGGAAAGGGCCACCUCGCUAUUCGCCGGCUGCACAGUUUGCUGCGCUGCUUCAUGAAGCGCCGCACGAAGGACAUUCUCAAGGAGGACGGUGCGUUGAAUCCCGGCGGCAAGCCAUUGGAGCCCGGCGAGAAGUCCGCUACGGGGUUCAAGGUCACGGAGCGCAAGGUCGUCGACGUCAGCGUCGAGUUCUCGCCCGCGGAGAAACGGUUUUACGGGCGGCUCCAGGCUCGCGCCGAUAAGAGUCUCGAGAGGAUGUUGAAGGGGAAAGUCAACUAUGCUAAUGCGCUCGUGUUGCUGCUGCGACUCCGACAAACAUGCAACCACCCGAAGCUGGUGGAAGGGAAGCUCGAGAGGGAUGGGGACGUGCUCUCCGGCUCCGGGGGCAAUGCCCGGAAGGAAGUGGGGCAGACGGCCAUAGACGACUUGGCGGAUUUGUUCGCUUCGGCUAGCAUCCGGACGAAGUCGUGCUUGAUAUGCGGUUGUGAGUUGGGGUUGGCAGAGUCGAAAGCCGGACGGGAUCAUUGUCAGGAUUGCGAUGCUGACCUCGUGUACUUUAACAAUGGCGGAGACGAUACUAGGAAGAGGGGGAAGAAGGAUAAGAAAAAGAAGAAGAAGAAGAAGACCAACAAGGACUCGAGCGAUCAAGAGGCACAUGAUGAGGCUUCUUCGCCUCAACAACGAAAUGCAGAGGCCGCAGGCAAGAGGUCCAGAAGGCCGGCCGCGCGAAAAGUCAUUAUGGACAGUGACGACGAAGAGGAGGAAGGCAGCUGGCUUGUCCCCGAGGAUCAGCGUGGCGAGCUGAAACUGGGGAAGGCCGGUGGGGAGGAAGACGAGAAUGCCGAGGGUGGAGGUGACUGGAUAGGUUCCGAGGACUCGUUCCACAAGUCUGAAGCCGAGGACGACGGAAGUCAGCUGGACAGUUUCAUCGUCCAUGAUGACAAGGUCCCCAAGGAUGACAGUGCGGUCCUCGCGGCAUACAGGACUGACGAUGACGAUGACGACGCCUUCCCCUCUGUGCAGGCUCUAUGCUCCCAACCUUCUCAGCCGCAAGUUGUCGAUGCAGAUGCUACGGCUUCCUCAAUCGAGGACUCUGAUGACUCUGGUGACUCUGAGGGAGAGUCCUCCUCGUCCGAGGAAGACGAAGAAGACAGUGGUGUUGACGAGGGUGACAUCGAAAGCGACAGCGACGAUGAUGGCCUCGCCGUCUUCCGCCUCAAGAAGAAGAGCGGCAGCCAAGUCCUCGCGUCCGCCAAGAUCCGCCGCCUGAUCAAGAUCCUGCACAAGGAGGUGCACGAGCACAAGUUCAUCGUCUUCUCCCAGUUCACGUCCAUGCUGGACCUCGUCGAGCCCUUCUUCGAGAAGGAAGGGUUCAAGUACACGCGCUACGACGGGAGCAUGAAGAACGACGAGCGCGAGGAGAGCCUCCACAGGCUGAGGAACGAUAAGAAUACGCGCAUUCUGCUGUGUAGUUUGAAGUGCGGGUCUUUGGGGUUGAAUUUGACGGCGGCUACGAGGGUGGUUAUUCUUGAGCCUUUUUGGAAUCCGUUCAUCGAGGAACAAGCCAUCGAUCGCGUCCACCGACUCACCCAAAAGAUUGACGUCAUCGUCUACAAGCUCACCGUCGGCGGCACCGUCGAAGAGCGCAUCCAGCAACUACAGCAGAAGAAGCGGCUCCUCGCAGAGCAGGCCAUCGAGGGCGGCAUGAAGAAGGACGCCUUCAAGCUCGGCAUCAAAGAGAUGCUCGAUCUGUUCAAGCACGAGGGCAGCAUCGACUACGUUGGGGCUUACGAGAAGGGCUCAGACACUGAGAGUGAGAGGAGUGGGGGCCUGCUGGCGUCGUCGUCGCAGAGGUCUGGGGAUGGGAGGGCACCGCCACCGAACUAUCGAUCAGAAGCAGAAAAAGUAAUCAAGAUGGCGCCCUUACUCCCUCGCAUGCAAGUCUUCGAAAUCGACGACCAGCCAUGGUUCCCCUCCUUCCUCCGCGCCCAUAUCCAAAACGCCCUCUCUCUCGUCUGGACAUUGCCGCCCCUCCCCUUCACCACCUCCCCUGCCACCCACGCCGCGAACAUCCUCCAACGCCACCUCCCCUCCUACCACACCCACACCUACAUCGACUUCUGCGCCGGCGGCGGCGGCCCCACGCCCGCCAUCGAACGCAUCAUCAACGACGGGCUCCGCAGACGCGGCGAGAAGGACGUCCGCUUCGUCAUGACGGACAUACACCCCAACGUGGACAGCUGGAGGCGGUGGAGUGCCGGAAGGAGCGCUUUGAGUUUUGAGGAGGAGAGCGUGGAUGCUAGGGACGGCGGGGCGGUGGUGAGCAGGUGGAAGGAGGGGGAUGGGGGGAGGAUUUGUAGGUUGUUUAAUUUGGCGUUUCAUCAUUUUGAUGGGGGGUUGGCGGGGGAUAUUUUGAGGGAUACGGUGAGGACGAGCCAUGCUUUUGCCAUAUUUGAACUCCAAGAUCGGCAUCUUCUCUCCUUCUUGCCCAUCCUACUCCUCUUCCCCGCCACAUUUCUCUUCGCUCCCUUUUACGCCCUCAAGCACCGUUCGCUCUCAGCGCUCAUUUUCACCUACCUCUUCCCCGUCAUCCCUUUCGUCCUCGUCUUCGACGGGUGGAUGUCCGCGGUGAGGACUCGCACGCCGGAAGAGGUGGAGGCUAUGUUGAGGGAGAGCGCGGGGCCUGAUGCGGCGGAGUGGCGGGUAAAGAGUGGGAGGGAGGUGCAUCUUUGGCCUUGUGGGUAUGUCAAUUGGAUCGUGUGUUACAAGGAGUAG